AGAGCGUGCGGCAGGCGAUACAAACUGUCAGCGGCCAUAUUGAGUCUCCGGGGGCCUGCAGCGACGUCCGGUAGUAAACAGUAGAUGACGUUACCGCCUGCUCGGCUGUUCGCAGGAAACGGACCGCAGCUGGAAGCCAUGAGCCGCCCGUCCUCAGCCGGGGCCGGAGGGGGAGGACUCGGGGCCGGGAAAGCAAGCGGAGGAAAGCACGGAGUUAGUGGAGGCUCCGCGGCCGCCGCUGCAGCAGCAGCAGCCGCGGCCGCAGCGGCGGCAGCAGCCGCCGGUGUGGGCUCUGUGGCCGGGUCGGGGUCUGCUCCCCCUUCCUCCGCGGUGUCCCUGAGCUCCACCGGCCUACCCGGGCAGUCUCCGGAGCUCACAGCGCUGUUCGAGUGCCCGGUAUGCUUCGACUACGUCCUGCCGCCCAUCCUGCAGUGCCAGGCGGGUCACCUGGUCUGCAACCAGUGCCGCCAGAAGCUGAGCUGCUGCCCGACCUGCCGAGGCCCGCUCACCCCGAGCAUCCGGAACCUGGCCAUGGAGAAAGUGGCCUCCACGCUGCCGUUCCCCUGCAAGUACUCAUCGGCCGGCUGCCUGCUGACUCUUCAUCAUAGCGAGAAGCCUGAUCACGAGGAGGUGUGCGAGUUCAGGCCGUACACCUGUCCGUGUCCCGGAGCCACCUGUAAAUGGCACGGCUCUCUGGAGGCUGUCAUGCCUCACCUGAUGCACGCUCACAAGUCCAUCACCACGCUGCAGGGAGAGGACAUCGUGUUCCUGGCGACAGACAUCAACCUCCCGGGCGCAGUGGACUGGGUGAUGAUGCAGUCGUGUUUCAGUCACCACUUCAUGCUGGUACUUGAGAAGCAGGAGAAGUAUGAAGGCCACCAGCAGUUUUUCGCCGUCGUGCUGCUCAUCGGUACCAGGAAGCAGGCCGAGAACUUCGCCUACCGCCUGGAGCUGAACGGAAACAGACGCAGGCUCACCUGGGAGGCCACGCCGCGCUCCAUACAUGAUGGCGUGGCGGCUUCCAUCAUGAACAGCGACUGCCUUGUGUUCGAUACCUCCAUCGCACAUCUGUUCGCAGAUAACGGCAACCUGGGCAUCAAUGUCACCAUCUCCAUGUGCUGACAGAGAGGGCAGCUUGGAGGUGGACGGUUAUCAACACAGACACACGAUGGAGGGUCGGUUCAGGAGCCACUGGAAGGGCUUGACUCACCUUCCCAUACAGAGACUCCCGCAUUAGCAUUGUGAUUCGUCUGGAGUCCUUUGUGAGGAAGACAAUGUUGUUGAAGUUUCUGACUGAUGUUUUGACAGAACAGGUUGUCCCUCUGUCCUCCGAUCAGGUCCUGUCCGGUCAUCACCUAUUGUGCUGGACUCAAACCGAGCUGGCCCAGGUUUUCUCUCCUGAAACACCUUCAUCCUGACUGUCGGGAAGACAGGGGUCACGAUAUUCUGGCUUUUGCUGCUAUCAGCACUUUUUAUUCAGGAUCAAGUUUCCAGUGCAUUCAUUUAUACAACUGUUCAGGCUUUCAUUUACGCUUCCGUAGAGCAUGGCCCAGGCCCAUACUCGUAUUCCAGUCCCACAUCAUCAGAUUUUCUAAAUUCCCAAGAAUUCACGGCAUCAGCUUUGCUGUAACACAGUGUUUUGUGUUGGAAGCUCCAUUGCUGUUAUACCUUUGGUCAAUACUGGUAGAUGGUGUGCAUGUAAAAGAAGACAUUAACGUGUUACUACUUGAUGGAUUAGAAACUUGGAGGGCAGAAGAGGUUCAAAAUGUGGUCACUUUUUAAGGUUAAACCAAUAUUAGAUAACUUGUUAGCUCCCCACAACUUAAAAAUUCAAAUGACACGCCUUAUAUAUCUAUGUUUAUUAUAAUAGCUUACCUUGAACCAAGCUGCAACCGGUGGUGUUGAAAGAUUAAGCCGACGCAGAAGUGCAAACUGAGCUGCUGUUCCUAGGGGGGCCACAAGAGGCUGUCUCCAAAAGUGAGUAAAUCCCAUGGACUGUAUAAAAUAUGGACGUCACCCAUCUGUUUCUGAAGCGCUGUUUUGAAGCCAUUUGUCAGCGGCACCCAUAUUGGAAAUGCGGAACUCAACCAAACUUAGUGUGAGGUAAAGAGGCAGGCUUUGAGCCUCUAGCCAACAGCUAUGUGUUCCCGUCCGGGAGUCAAGUCAGUCAUGUCAUUAUUUGGGUAAAAACUUGUAAUCUUAAUAUCUUCUGAACUGUCGCGUUAGAAAAAGAUUCACCCUCCGUACAGUUUGUGCCGAUAGAGAAAUGAGCUAAGUAGACCCAAGCCGUUUUUUGUACCAGGCUGUUAACAUGUUUAUUUCUGCUGCAAAGAUAAUCUUUUUUUGAAUGGGGGUGUAUGUGGUUUCCAGUGUUUCUGCAGCCAGCCUCAAGUAGAUUCUCGAUGAAUUGCAGUUUAUAACACUUCCGCAUGAGCUUCAAAUUUUUAGACUGGAGGUUGCCGCUUGGUCAAUCCCCAUAGAGCCCCAUUUUGCAGCAGAACUUAAUGUUUACAGCCUGACACAAAAGCAGUUUCAGGCUCUGUAACUCAUGUUUGUAUUUUUAAAAACUAACCUGACUUAGAGUAAUGUGUAUGUUUGCAUAAUUGGGGGUGUGGUCAAUCCUGCUUCAGCUUCGCCUCUUUGCCAGUCAACAGAUCUGAAGAUGAUUUGAGUCAGUGUUUCAGAAAUGGCAACCCCUGUUGUCAGGCCUCUUCAAAAACCAACAUCUGAAACCAUGUCCAUGUUUUACACAGAUUGUACCUUGAAUACAACAUUAUAACAGCAUUUGAGCUUCCCAGUUAAGUGUGAUGUCAAAGGAAAACGGUUGCAGUGUGAGAAUUACUACGUUUUAUCCGUAAAGGACUCAAAAAUCCAAUAUUGUCAGGCUUGUAGUAUUUACUGUAGCUGCUACUUCUCUGAAUAGAUGAUCAUAUUUCCCAACAGCAAAGCAGAAUACCGUGAACACACCUGAACACCUUUCCUGUGCUUUGAAUGAGCAGACAGUGUGCUGUGUGAGAGGUUGCUGGUUCAAAUCCCUGCAGCAUUCAUCUAUUAGAUCCUGGUUGGGACAACUUUUAGACAUUUUGGAGACUCCUCCAUCACAUUUUGGACGUCUGUGUUUGACCUUUGUUGGAGCAGCUGAGCUGUUGAGUCCAGUUAAUCCUCAGACCUUCGUUAUAAUCUCAGAUAAAAGCAGUGAAAUGGAGGACUAAUCCUCCUAUCCCUUUUCCUGCAGUCUGUUUAGCCACCAGCGCCUUACUUUUCUACCGCCGACCUCCUCUUCUUCCUGUUUGAGCGCUUUGUAAGGAAGUCUUGGUGCUGAUGUGGAUUUUAAUCACUCAAACCACCCAGGGAUAACACAACAAAGACUCUUCUGCAAAACAUAAAAUUGACUGUAAUUUAACAAACUGUUCGCUUGUUUGAAGUCGCAGUGACACGAUGGACAGACUUCAUUAUCUUUAAAGACCGCUAUGGGUAAAAUGAAGAGCUCCCAACAUUCCUUGUCUCUAAAACCUUCGUAGCAACUGACCAGGAAGCCCACCUCACCUGUUACCUCUGACCACAGACACGUCUGUAACUCAACCGCUAACCCCUCAAAUCUCUGCAGCGUUUCCUCUGUGUUUGUUUAGUGAGAAAAAAUACAAACAUUGGAAAUUUAACAUUGUUCAGCGCUCAUUUCUCAAAAGACCGACUAAAGACAUAGUGACACAAUAGCGAUAAAAGACACAAAAGAUGUAAUAGCUCAGCUUAAAGUCAUGAUAGAAAAUGUCUGACAUUUGAGGCAAAACCACGGUCAAUAAUGAAUGAAAGUUGUGCUAGGGUAAGCAAGCUAACACAUCACUUCUAAGCUAGAGCUUUUGUGAACUAAAAGCUAACAUUUUCUCUCAUCUGUGCAGUUAACUUAGCCAAGACAUUAAUUAGUUACUUAAGUCUUGUCCAGGUUGCAUCUAGAAAGCUAAUAUACAUUAUUGGUAAACUAAUUUAUUGUCUUGACAAGGACAAAUCAGCUAAUUUAUCAACCAAAUUUUGGCAAAGAUGUGGCUAGGUUUACGUGCAUUAGCUUUUAAGAUAAAUCUGUAUUUUGGUGAGUCCGAUGAACAUUUCUUAGCUAAAUCUUGGCUAAGUAACAUUGACUGCCACAAUUUAUUUGACUAAUAAGCCAAUAUGUCAGCCAAGAUCUCUACAUUACCUUCAUAAGACAAUUGAUUUAUCUUUGCGAAUAUGUUUAGAAAUUAGCUAGCUGGGCACGGACUUGGCCUAGUGGUUAAGUUACGUGCCCAAAUAGCGGGCCGCCUCUUUCCCACGUCAUUCCCCCACUCUCUCCCAGUUUCUUAGACUAUCCACUGUCCUGUCCUCUCUAAAUAAAGUUGUAAAAAAUAAUAAUAAUAAUAAUAACGUAGAAUUUAGCUAGCUAAUUGUAAUAAGUUGAAUUCAAUCUGGCUUGCUUGGAAGCAAAGUGUUAGUGAGCAAGAACCAGAUUGAUUCGCUAACUACUGAUUUAGCUUGGUCUUGGCUGACAUACAUGAGUUUACAAGAUGUUUUCAAGCAAGCAAAUAUAUUAAACAAAAACUUUUAGUUAUGUGUUGGCUUAUAAUAAUACGUCAAGGAGUUGAUAAGUUAAUGAUGUACUAGCUCAGCUUGCUAGAACAUGGUUUUCUAGCAAGAAAGAUGCUAAUUAGUGAGCCACAUUUAAGAGUGACAGUUGCUGAAAAGAAGCGUUACAGCCUGAUUCACAUGCUGGAUAUGUUAAUUUGCUAGCCAGUGUUGUUUAAACUUGGUCAAAGCUACAUUAGGCUAACAUAUGUUAGCAUUUUAGUCAACGCUUAUGUUGGCUAGGAUGCUGGUUAGCUUUUUAGCUAGCUAACAAGAAAAAGUCAACACAUUACUAUUGAGAGUAGCUUUUACCUUCACAGAUGAUCUAUCGCCUUACGAAUUAAAUAUAGUAUUUGUUCAUAUUUUGGAUGUACUUUGGUGUCAUAAUACUACUAUUAACUGUAUCUUUCAUUUUGCCAUAUCAUAAAUAUUUUAAGCCUCAUUUAAUAUUAUAUUUGGAAUAACCAGUUAAAAUACAAUCAUACACGUUCCUAAACAUUUUUAUUUACAUUUACAUACAAAAUAUACAAUUUAACUGCAUUAAACAAACCUUUAUUUGAGUAAAAAUAAUAAUUUUGGGGGAAAAUUUGACAUUUAACGGUGGUGUUUAAAGAACAAACAGGUAAUUUAUGGGGUCAGAAUAAACACAGAAGAAACGCUGCUUUCUAAUCUCUUUCACUUUACAAUCCGCUGACUUUCUAUGAAAUGUUUUAAGAUAUUGUAAAAAAUGAUAUUGACAGUAUAUAUAUUUUCUAUAAACAGAGACUGCUGCAUUUAUUCCUGUGCUGUUUUUGACAUGUAUUUGUGUUAGCAUUUGCUCGGCUGUACAGAGAUUUUCAAGGUAAUUUUCUAAGGUGUUUCUGAAAUCGUUGUUAACUCUCCUGUUCUGCUGCUGUAGUUUGCUGAAAUGUCGCACCUCAAAAUGUGUACUGGGAUUAAAUAAAGACAAGGAAGAGAAACAGGGACUGUUAUCACUAA